AUGACGGGUGGCAGCCUCCCCCCGGGGUUGCUGGCGCUGGGCGCCGUUUUGCUGUGGCAGCCGUGCCAAGGCAGCUGCGGCCAGGAGAAAUGCGGCGCGCAGGAGAGCUGCUGCAGCUACGGCAACGCCAGCUACGCGGAGACCAAGUGCUGCAAGCUGCCUUUCCACACGUUCCUGGACAACGUGGGUUGGUUCGUGCGGAAGCUCUCCGGGCUGCUCAUCUUGCUGGUGCUCUUCGCCAUCGGCUAUUUCCUGCAGCGGAUCAUCUGCCCCAGCCCCCGCAGGCACGGGCGGCGGCGGCGGCGGCGGCGGCACCCGGGGCAACGGGGCGAGGAGGAAGAAGAGGAGGAAGAGGAGGAGGAGGAGGAGGCGGAUUACGACGAUGACGACGCGGAAGAGCGGGAGUCGUUUUCCCGCGUUACCCCGCUGAACGGGACGGCCGCCACCUCGCAGGACUCCCUGCUGGAGAGCGGGGGGCGGGAGUCCUCCCUGCCGCCCCCUCUCCUGCACGUCGUCUCGCCCGUCUUUUUGCAGCUGCCCAGCUACGAAGAGGUGAAAUAUCUGCCCACUUACGAGGAAUCCAUGCGGCCCCAGCAGCCCCUGGUCCUGCCCGUCACCAGCUUGGCCACCGGGACGGGCAGGGGCCCUGCGGAACCGGAUCGCUGGACCAGAGGCAGCUGA